AUGAAGAUUGAAGCCGCUCCACUUCAUCAGAUACUUUCGGUAGACAUUUUAGCAACAACAACACAAUGUGGACAAUUUUUAGAUUCUAAAAAAAUUCUCCGACAGUCCAAACUUAUCGCAAAUUACCCAAAAAAAAACAAUUUCAGAAACAAUCAUGUCAAAGUUUAUGAACCGAAAGUUCAAUCGAAACAUGAAACUUUUAUUGCUUUUUUCCUUAAAUUCAAUUUUGAAUUUCAUGUUCCGCAUGAAAUUCUCUUUCUUAAAGUUAAUCUUCUGAACAGCCUUUGCAACUUUCUUACUAGCACUGACACGGACUCGACCAAACACAAUUAA